AAGAAUAACUAAAGUCCGGCCGGCGUUUUCACACUUCGGAAUUUUCACAUAAAAUGAGCAAAAAGGGACCCAAUAAGAAACAAAAUGAAAAAAAACCGCAAAAUACUGCUUCUUUUACUAAAUCAACAUCAAUUAUACCGAUUGGGAAAAUAUUUCUUUUGUUGUCAAUCGUGUCAGCGUUAGCAUCAUUCUAUGUCUACAAAACUCUUACCACUGCCCCGGAUCUCCCUGUAUUGGACCUAGACCAAUGGUGGGGACCAUACCCUAUUAAUCAAAAACAAGACUUGUCUAUCAGACCAUUUGAAAUUGAGUUUUCAGAUAUUAUUGUUAACGAUUUGCGGGAGCGUCUCCUCCAUCGGCGGCCAUUUGUUCCUCCUCUUGAAGAUGCAGGUUUCACAUACGGUUUCAACUCGAACUUUCUAACUAAAGUACUGGAUUACUGGCAGAAAAAAUAUGACUUCAAAGACAGACAACGCUUCCUCAAUCAGUAUCCACAUUUUAAAACAAAUAUACAAGGUCUGGAUAUUCAUUAUGUUCAUGUAAAGCCGAAAGCUGAUCCAAAUGUUAAGGUGAUCCCCCUUCUGAUGCUCCAUGGCUGGCCGGGAUCAAUUCGGGAGUUCUAUGCGACAAUCCCAUUUCUGAUGACACCCCCUCCGGAACACAAGUUUGUGUUUGAACUAAUCAUACCCAGUCUACCGGGGUAUGGGUUCUCUCAGGCUCCCGUUCGGCCCGGCUUGGGCCCCCUCGAAGCGGGCAUAAUAUUCCACAACCUGAUGCGUCGCAUCGGCCACUCCCAGUACUACGUCCAGGGCGGGGACUUCGGCCACGUGAUCGGGAGCGCCAUGGCCACGGCGUUCCCUCGGGCCGUGCUCGGCUUCCACACCAACACUCCGGUGCUUAUGGGACAUCCGCUUGUCAAUGUCUUUACGCUAUUAGGGUCCUUGUGGCCAGGCUUAGUGGUGGAGCCCGAGCUGGAAUACCGCAUGUACCCUCUCAGCAAACAACUGGCGAUGGUGUUGGAGGAAACUGGGUAUUUGCACAUUCAAGCAACCAAGCCUGAUACUGUUGGUCUAGCAUUGACCGACUCCCCAGCCGGCCUUGCAGCGUAUAUCCUAGAAAAAUUCUCAACAUGGACCAACUUCGAUAACAAGAAGGCGUGGGAUGGUAACCUAUUGGACAAAUUCUCGUUAAACGACUUGUUGGACAACGUCAUGAUAUACUGGGUGACAAAUAGUAUAACAACCAGUAUGAGGUUGUAUGCAGAAACUUUUAGCAAGCGGAAUAUGGCUAUGAAGCUGGAUAUGAUACCCACACCCGUCCCCACGUGGGGCAUCAAGUUCAAGACGGAAAUAGCUUACCACCCGGACUCGUUCCUCCGCUUGAAGUUCAGCAACUACCUGCACAGCUCCGUGGCGGAGCACGGCGGACAUUUCGCGGCGAUGGAGAGCGCCGCCAUACUCGCCGCGGACGUGCGGGAGGCCGUCCGGACCUUUGAACAAUUCCAUGGGGUAACGAGUAAGCAAGAACCAGAAAAACAAGAGAAUGACGAGACAGCCACAACUGUAUACGGUUUUACAGUCCGCGACAUUCAAGGAAACGAAGUCAAACUGGACAAAUACAAAGGCUAUGUUCUAGUCAUUGUCAACGUUGCUUCCCAAUGUGGGCUCACAGACAAAAACUAUCAACAGCUGAACGAGUUGUAUGAAAAGUAUGCGAACAAAGGUGUGAGAAUCCUAGCAUUCCCUUGUAACCAAUUCAACGGCCAAGAGCCUGGGAGCCCUAAACAAAUAUUCAAUUUUGCCAAAGAACGCGGCGUCAAAUUCGAUGUAUUCGAAAAAAUCGAUGUCAACGGUGAAAAUACACAUCCCUUGUGGAAGUUCUUAAAGAGAGUACAAAGUGGUACUUUUGGCGACUUUAUUAAGUGGAAUUUCUCUAAAUUUAUCAUCGACAAGAACGGCGUCCCUGUUGAACGGUUCGGGCCUAAUGUCGACCCGAUGGAGUUGGAGCCCGUUUUGGUUAAGUACUUGUGAUAAAGUUUUAAUGGUGGCAGCAGGGGGACAUACCUUUACUUAUAUACAAAGUAAUAAUAUGUAUGGAGAUACUAAUGUUCAUUAGUGCAAGACAUAUCCAAUUUAUAGCAUUGUGGCUAAUAUCAUCUAGUCUUUCUGUUCAGAUAUAAACAUGUUAUACCGCUGUAACUUAAAAAUACAAACUAUUUUAUUUCCAUAAGGCUUAAACCUUUUGACUAUUGUAUUAGAAUAAGAUUGACAUAAGCACAAAUUUGGUUUUUUAAAGUUAGGUUCGGGAAUAUUUUAGGUGAAAAUAUUAUUUACAUUAAAGAGACAUUUUGAAAAUUAUUAUAGCUUUAAGCUAAAACUACUUUAAAGAAAAUGGUGCAAUUACAUAUUUUUUCUUGUAAUU